GCCCUCAUCCGCUGUGUGCACGCGAUGCACGAAGCUCGACACGGUGCUCGCUUCGGCGUGGCAGGGCUCAACGCGGAGUCGCUGACAUGCGACUGGCAGAAAGUGAAAAAUCACGUGAAGUCCUGCCAGGAGCACAUCUACAAUCAGGACGACAGCCCCGAAGUUCUGGAAGCUGCCGGUGUGGAAGUACGCCUGGGCGUUCAUGCUUCCUUUGUGGAUGCGAAGACGCUGCAGCUGGCGACGGUGGAAAACACGACUCCUGGAGGAACGGAGCUCGUUGCUGCCAACCACUUCAUCAUCGCUACAGGGGCGGGCCCAGUGAUACCACCUCUUAAGGGCCUCGAAGCUGUGAAGUAUGCCACAUACGAGACGAUCUUCGAUUUGCCGGAUCUUCCUUCGAGCCUGGCGGUGAUCGGAGGAGGCCCAAUCGGCAGCGAGCUUGCUCAGGCUUUUGCCCGGUUGGGGUGCAAGGUGACGCUGGUGGGCAAGAUGAUGCCGCGCGAAGAUGAUGACGUGCGCCACGUCAUGUCGCAGGUCUUCGAGAAGGACGGUAUCGUGGUAGUCGAAGGUCGG